GCUCUUUCCCCACCCCGCGCCUCCGCUGCCGCGGUUUCCAGUUGGUCCCGCCUUCCUCUCACGUGUCCUGAUUUCCUGUGACCCGGCCCCGCCUUCCCUCUUCCUCUCGGCUCCAUAUUGAGGCUGAAGGAGGCAAAACUCAAGUCACAAAAUGGAGGUUAAAAGGAGCAACUGAGUCAGAACACUCUCCCAAAAUGGCGUGUAAAGAGGAGAGAGAGGCUGAAGAUUACAAGAGGAGGGGAAGAAGAUCUUCACAGGGUCAGGAUCCUAAGGAACCAGAACAGUUGAGGAAGCUGUUUAUUGGAGGCCUGAGCUUUGAAACUACCGACGAUAGUUUAAGGGAACACUUUGAAACAUGGGGCACACUCACCGACUGUGUGGUGAUGAGAGACCCACAGACAAAACGUUCCCGCGGGUUUGGUUUUGUGACCUAUUCUUGCGUGGAGGAGGUAGAUGCUGCAAUGGCAGCUCGACCACAUAAGGUUGAUGGACGUGUGGUGGAACCAAAGAGAGCAGUUUCCAGAGAAGAUUCUGUGAAACCCGGUGCCCACUUAACAGUGAAGAAAAUAUUUGUUGGGGGGAUUAAAGAAGACACGGAAGAAUAUAAUUUAAGAGAAUAUUUUGAAAAAUAUGGCAAAAUCGAAACCAUAGAAGUAAUGGAAGACCGGCAGAGCGGAAAGAAAAGAGGGUUUGCUUUUGUGACAUUUGAUGAUCAUGAUACAGUGGACAAAAUUGUAGUUCAGAAAUACCACACUAUAAAUGGACAUAACUGUGAAGUCAAAAAAGCCCUCUCCAAGCAAGAAAUGCAGACUGCUACUGCUCAGAGAAAUCGUGGAAGCAGUUCAAGCAGCUUCAUGGGUCGUGGAAACUUUGGAGGCAGUGGUGGAGGUUUUGGUGGUAGAGGUGGAAGUUUUGGUGGCAGAGGAAGCUAUGGUGGUGGAGGUGGUGGCAGUGGCGGCAGUGGCAGCAGAGGAAGUUACGGGAGUGGUGAUGGAUACAAUGGCUUUGGCGACGGUGGUGGGAGCUAUGGUGGUGGUCCUGGAUACGGUGGUGGCAGAGGAGGCUAUGGUGGAAGCCCAAGCUAUGGAAGCCCAAGCAGUGGAUAUGGUGGGGGAGGUGGCGGCUAUGAUGGUUACAACGAAGGAGGAAACUUCAGUGGCAACUAUGGUGGCAGUGGAAACUAUAAUGACUUUGGCAAUUACAGUGGCCAGCAGCCAUCGAACUAUGGGCCCAUGAAAGGAGGUGGCAGUUUUGGUGGCCGAAGCUCAGGCAGUCCCUAUGGCGGUGGGUAUGGAUCUGGAGGAGGAAGUGGUGGUGGUGGCUAUGGCGGAAGAAGGUUCUAAAAUAUGUAGCAGAAUGAGGGUAGGUAUGUUACCAAUAAAUAUUGUAUAUGAAGACUACACAACAUUUCAUUGAGAGUAAUCCUUUUCUUAUCGUGUAUUCAACAGGCUACAGUUCUUAGCAGGAGAGAGCGAGGAGUUGUCAGGAAAGCUGCAGGUUACUUUGAGACAGUCGUCCCAAAUGCAUUAGAGGAACUGUAAAAUCUGCCACAGAAGGAGCGAUGAACCAUAGUCAGAAAAGUUACUGCAGCUUAAACAGGAAACCCUUCUUAAAGACUGUCAUAGCCACAGUUUGCAAAGAGUGCAGCUAUUGAUUUAAUGCAAUGUAGUGUUUAGAUGUACAUUCCUGACUUUUUUUAAUUUGUUGUUGUAGCUUUGUCUUUUCCUUUAUACAAUCAGGUAUAUUGCCCUGUAAAUUUGUGGUAGUGGUACCAGAAAUUAAAAAAAAUAAUUAAGGAACUUUUAAUUUUUCAAUUCUUGUGUAGUUCAGUUUUUUUUUCUUAAACUUCUUUAAAGAAAUGUAGUUUUAGGGUAUAUUCUUGCUAGGAAAAAUCAGUGCAUUAUAAUCUUGUAUUAGUUUAAACUUGUGAAACUGCUGAAUCGUUUAAGAACUUUUAGUUUUCUCUGCAUAUGUAGCCAUAUGAAAUGAGUUGCACAUGCAAAGGGAGGGGAGAGAUGUUUGCAUUAAAGCUUGUUAGUCGUAUAACUAGGACUGAGUCAUUUAAACUAGUGCUUGUGAAUGAUAAAAAAAAGCUUUAUUUUCAAAAGAAAAUUCCAGGUAUUUCUGGCUUGUGCUUUUAAUUUGUAGCUUUCAUUUCUUAGUUUAAGCCUUCCAAGUAAAUUAGUAUGAAAGUUCUUUUAAGCUUUAUUCAGUUUCCUCUCAUUUUUGUCGACACAUGCAGAAGGUGCAUCAGCCCUUAAGCACCAGCAGAAUAGGCUUCUGCCUUUUAUCGCUCUCAAGGCUUAAACCUCCCUUCCCCCAAAUGAUGAACAAAUUAAGUACGCGCACAUCAUUGAAUUAAAACUUUCAAGCAAAUAGCCUGGGUCUGUUACUUAGCUUACAGCGCUAUAGGUUCAUUUGUUCUGCCCAACCAAAGUGGAUAUGUUCUAAUAGUUAACCAUUAAGUGUAAUGGUUAAUACUUUCUUUGCAUGCUGUUCUGGCUGCCCUCUGUUCCUGGAACCAAGUUGCAGCACAGUCACAAUCCCUCCCAACUCCCUUGGAAACAAGUAUAAACUUUCUGACUAUGGGCAAACCAGCAAAUCUGCUUCACAUGCCUUCUAAUGUGCUGAGUGUCAGCCUUGAAGGUGAAGCAAAAAACCGAUUGCUUCAUGGCCUAGGUAUAGGAACUGGCUGAACAUGAUGUAUUUGUUGUGAACAGCGAGUCUUGUGACUAGAAUAAAAUUUUAAGAUUUUUUUUUAA